AUGGGAGAGGAGGGGGGCCAUCUGGGAGAGAGGGGGCUCUCAUCCGCCCACCCGCAAGGUUCUUUCCUGCCCCCGGGGGGCUGGAUACAGGAGCUCCCCACAGCGAGAGGAGAGUGGGUAAGACAGCACCUGCUAGGCGACGGUACCCCAGACAAAGGAUUCCAGAGACACCCACCCAUCUCUCCUACAGGCUUCCAGAGACACCCACCCAUCUCUCCUACAGGCUUCCAGAGACACCCACCCAUCUCUCCUACAGGGUUCCAGAGACUCCCACCCAACUCUCCUACAGGCUUCCAGAGACACCCACCCAUCUCUCCUACAGGCUUCCAGAGACACCCACCCAUCUCUCCUACAGGCUUCCAGAGUCACCCACCCAACUCUUCUACAGGCUUCCAGAGACACCCACCCAUCUCUCCUACAGGCUUCCAGAGACACCCACCCAUCUCUCCUACAGGCUUCCAGAGACACCCACCCAUCUCUCCUACAGGCUUCCAGAGACACCCACCCAUCUCUCCUACAGGCUUCCAGAGACACCCACCCAUCUCUCCUACAGGCUUCCAGAGACACCCACCCAUCUCUCCUACAGGCUUCCAGAGACACCCACCCAUCUCUCCUACAGGCUUCCAGAGACACCCACCCAUCUCUCCUACAGGCUUCCAGAGACACCCACCCAUCUCUCCUACAGGCUUCCAGAGACACCCACCCAUCUCUCCUACAGGCUUCCAGAGACACCCACCCAUCUCUCCUACAGGCUUCCAGAGACACCCACCCAUCUCUCCUACAGGCUUCCAGAGACACCCACCCAUCUCUCCUACAGGCUUCCAGAGACACCCACCCAUCUCUCCUACAGGCUUCCAGAGACACCCACCCAUCUCUCCUACAGGCACGUCUCUCUGA